AUGGUGAUUCGACUACUAUUUUUGCUGAUCAUUUUGAUAAAUUAUUCAUUUUGUGGUGUUGGUGUUGGUGAUAUUUCAAUUGUCGGCUGGGGAAAAGCCACCAACGAACAACUGCAAAAUGCGAGAAUUAUUGGAAUGAAAGGUUUGUGGGUAAAAAAAAAUAUAUUUGAAAAAAAAAGAGAGGAAGGAAAUGUUGCUAUAGUGAUUAUUUUUGAUAGAAUUACAGUAUGAGAAGAAUUCGAUCUCAAAAGUGUUUUCUGAAACUUUAGAAAAACAAUUUUCGUAUAAAAAUUUGAAUUUUUCGAGUUGCCGCGUUCAAUUUUCGCGGGAAAUUUGAAUUUCGAAAAAAAAAUGUUUUCUUUCAAGAAAUUUCGAAGUCCCGCCAAAACCACAAAAUUCUCAAUAGAGCGCAUUUUCUGAUUUGUUGUUUCGAGUUUCCGCGUUCAGUUUUGAGGAAAAAUUCGAAUUUUCAGUCUAAAAAAUUCUGGAUUACUGUACUUCCCUUUAAAAAUGUUUGAAAAAUCGGCCAGAAACGAAAAAAAAAUCAUUUUUCUUUAAAAUCCCCCCAAAAACUCGAAAUUCUCAAUAGAGCGUAUUUGCCAAUUUUUUUGAGUUAAAUUUUUGCGGGAAAUUCGAAUUUUUAGUGUCUUAGAGUCUGGAUUACUAUACCUCCCUUUAAAAAUGUUAGAAAAAAGAUUUUUUGAUACUUUUCAAGCUAAAAAGUUUCAUAUUCAAAAAUUAAUCAACCAAAAAAAAUCUUCUACAUGAAAAUUAAUAUUUCGAGGCCAGAAGCUUGAAAAAAAUAAGAUUUCUUCUGCACACUUUUCUUCUUGUGUCAAACAAAAAAUCAAUUAGGCAGAAGAAGACGAAGAGAAAGAAAUAUGUGUAGUUUUUUAACACAUGUGUGUAGAUAUAAAUAAUAAUCAUAUAUAUGGAGAUGGAUAUCUCUAAUCAUCUAAUCUCUAACCACAAACAUCUCAUUUUCAGCUCGACAAAAUGUGUUGCAAAUCGACAAAAAGACAUCGUCUCCAUUUUCGAUUGCACGUGAUAGGUCAGUUUGAUUUUUUUUUUUUUUUUUUGGAAAAUUGGGAUUGCUCAUACUAAAAAAAAUUAUUAUUUCGAAAGACCCUGGGAAGUAAAAAAGCAUUCAAUUUUCUUUGAGUAAUGCUCCAGAAAUUGAAAUUGCUCAUAUUCAAUACUCAUUUGCUUUAGGGAACCUGGAAAGCUAGAAGUUUAGUAUGAGCAAUGCUCAGGAAAAUCCAGAAGAUUUUCUUGAAACGUAGAACUUUCUGAGAAAGUUUCGCGGAAUUUUUCAGAUAUAGGUUUUUUUUUUAAUUGUUUGGGGAUAUAAAACCAAUGAACUAUCAAUUUUAGAAUUUGCAAUGAAAAUUUAUGUAUUUUUUGAAACGUACAAUUUUUGGUGUAUUUUUCAGACCUCGAUUUCCUGUGAUUUUUUAAAUUCAAAAAGCACUUGCCCUAGAAAACACAAAAAGUACAGUAAACUAAAAAUGACGUGGCCACAUGCACAUCUAACUAUUCUGAUAAAUUCGAAAUGUUUACUGUAGUCUUACAAUUAGUUUUCUAUUUUUAAUUGUAUUUUUUUCAAAAAAAGUGUGAUUUCGAUAAGAUAGAAAACUUGUGACGUAAUUGAUAAUUGAUUCCUUCCUUCCUUCUUUUCCUAACUACAAAUAAUUUCUUAUUUUCAGAAAGUUAAUUUAUUUGGAUGGACUACAACAAUGUAAUCAAAUCGAUGAUGAAAAAAUUGCGGAACUAAAUGAGAUGAUAAUUGAGAAAAUGGCCAGAAAUGAGGAUUCGAAAAAAUUGGAGAGAAUUGGAUUGACCACUUUUUUCGCCAAAUUUGUCACACUUCCCAAAUUGCAAAUUAAACAAGUUGUUGAUUUUGUGAGUUCGAAUUCCGAAAAUUUGAAUUUCCCGCGAAGAAUGUUGUGUUUUUUGGGGGAUAUUGAAAGAAAAAUGAUGUUUCAUCGGGUCUCGGAGCGAUUUUUCUAGCAUUUUUCAAGGGAGGUACAGUAAUCCAGAAUCUUCAUACUCUAGGAUACGUAAAAUUCGAAAUUUCCCGCAAAAAUUAAGCCCGGAUACUUGGAAAAUUCAAAUUUUUACACAAAAUUGGCAUGUGCGCUCUAUUGAGAAUGUUGUGUUAUUUUUUGAAGAAAAAAAAUUUUUCGGGUCCCGGGGCGAUUUUUCUAGAAUUUUAAAGGGAGGUACAGUAACCCAGAAAAUUUUACACUAAAAAUUCGAAAUUUCCCGCAAAAAUUACGCCCGGAAACUCACAAAUUCAAAAUUUUUCGUCACAAACUGGCAAAUGCGCUAUAUUGAAAAUUUUGUGUUUUUGUGGGAAUUUUGAAAAAAAAGUUUUUUCUUCGGAUCUUAGAGCGAUUUUUCAAACAUUUUAAAGGGAGAUACAGUAAUCCAGUAUGUUUUAGACUAAAAAUUCGAAUUUUUCUUAAAAUUGGACGCGGAAACUCGAAUUUUUAUAUUCUGAAUUUGAGUUUCAGAAGUCCUGUAGUAAAAUACCGUCAGGUUUUCAAGAUUCUAAUCUAAAACUGAACAAAAUUUCCGAAAUUUUAAUUUAUUUUUGGAGAAACCAAUUUUGGUAUUGGUCAAUGAACUUGGGAGGCCAAUCGAACCAUUUUUAUCAUCAAAAACUGGUUCUUCUCACAUGUACGGAAAUGUGAUUGAUACUAUUUUUAGUGACCAACAAAAAAAACAUUGAUUUUUCAAGGGAUCUUUCAGGCUUGCGCGAAACAUGAGCAACAAUUGGAAUGCGGAUUACAGUAUGAAGGACGGAAAGAAACUCUGAAACGAAUUGAAGAAUUGAAAAUGGAUGGAGCGAAUAAGUUGAUGUUUGAGAAGGAAUGUGUAGAUGAAUCAUUUGCUCCAAAUGUUUAUCCGUGUAUUGGAGAAUCUUCGAAAUGGAUUGAUAAUUGUGAAAAGGAGAUUGAUGAAUAUCAAAGGAUUCGGGAGAAAAUAAAUGAUAAAAUUGAACGAAUUUAUGAUGCUGCAGUUGAAACAGUCAAAUUCAUGUUGGUUUUUCCGCCCAAAACCUAAACCUAAAUAUCUCAAUUUUUUUCCAGCAAAGACGACACUUCAAAAAGUCACGUAUUCCAUGGAACAAUGAAAUAUAUCAACUAUUCAGAAGGUUCGAAAUGUUUGGCUUUUAAACAAAUGCGAUUAUGCUUGUUAAGUGAAGUUGUUAAAACUUGUGGACACGAAUCUGCAAAAGCAUUGAAUACAACACUUUCUGUGGGAUAUUUGAGGAACGAAAGAUCGGAAAGACUUCAGAUGGAUUUUGAAACAUUUGAUUAUCCAGGACAUCAAUUCUGCGAUGGAUUGUAA